AAGUGUGCGUAUUUAUAGCAAGUUUAUUCAGUCAAGUUUAAGGUGUGGUCAAUCCCAGCUUUGUUACCAAUAUGUUACCAAAAUUUGUCGGCCUUUUGACCACUUUGGUCGUCACGGUUACCGGGGUUCAGGUCGUUUUCGAUAACGCCGCCGAUAUUGGGCAAGUAGCCUCGGUUUCUUGCCCUUAUCAGGAGGAUUAUGCCGAUUUUUGGGUGUACGGAUGCCCCCGGGACCCAAAGGAGGACGUAUUUCCGGAUAAGAUGGGUUUCUGGACGGGAUGUGGGACCGGAUGCAGUCUGAUUUACCAUGGGGGCUCGUUACCGAAACCGGCCAAAUUGUGGGUGGCGACGUAUAUGACGGGUACCCCAGCGUCGAUUGAGGUAUCGGGUAAAAGUUCCCCGGGGGAGGGGGGCUCAACGUGGGAAUUUGGAUAUAUCGAUUCGAACGAGGAGGUUUGGUGUUAUGAGGAGAUUGAUUUGUCGAACGUUCCCGGACAGGAUUCAGCCGUGAUUAACUUCACCGUUUCCGGUGCCCCAUCUGGCGGAUACGUACUAAUCGAUAAGAUCGUCGUUGACCUCGGAGACGCCCCAAUUUCUCCCAUAUCCAUCGACAAGAGAGCCGAUGAGGUCUCGCAACAUUGGACUUACGAUGAUUGCCAACAUCUCGACGAUUACUCUGACUUUUGGGCGUUCGGGUGUCCGAUCCAACCGGAAGAGGAUCAAGCCGGGAUCGGAUAUUGGUCCCCGUGUCAGGAAAGGUCAUGCAAAAUUGAGUACGGGACAAGUCCAAGCAUCAUCCCAUCCGCGGUCGAGAUCAAAGGUUAUAUUUCAGACCAAGGCCAAAUCAAGGUCGCUGCCGUAACCGGAAGAGGCACAAAUAUUUCGUACACAACAAUCCACACUAAAUCGGUUAGACUGGGAUCAUGGCUGGAUUAUACGGUCGACUUGAAACCGUACAGGAAUCAUAAAUUCCAAAUCGUUCUCGAGCCGAACGGAGGAUCUGCCAUGUUGGACUCAUUGUCUUUCGUGUUUGACGACUUUAUGCAAAGCGAACCAGCGCAGAACGAGUUGCCCGUGUGCGUUCGGAAACCAACUACUGACGAACCUACAACGACAACAGAAGCUGUUACAACCACAGAAGUAGUCACGACCACAGAGGCUGCCACGACUACGGAUACGGCCACGACUACUGAUGCGGUCACGACUACUGAUGCGGCCACGACUACUGAUGCGGCUACAACUACUGAUGCGGCCACGACUACUGAUGCGGUCACGACUACAGAAGCGGCAACGACCCCGGAUCCAACUCCAAUCACCAGUGGACCAACUACAACCAACGUGCCAACUACAACUACUCUUUCAACUACUACGGCCACACAACCAACUACUACAGCCACUCCACCAACUACUACGGCCACACCACCAACUACUACGGCCAAACCACCAACUACUACAUCCACUCCACCAACUACUACGGCCACUCCACCAACUACAACAACCCCUACCACGACUAGACCAACUACAACCGUACCAACUACCGGCCCAACUACGGAACCGCCCACCACAGAGGCUUGCGCCCGAUCACUAAUGUCCAGCACUUUUGUAUCGACAUUGUUGCUCGUGGUUGGUUUUAUUUUAUCCCACUAAUGACUCAAAUUUAAUUCCAAAUUUUGUCUAACUAGCAAACAACUAACAAUUUUAGACAAAAAUAAAUGACCUUGGGGAAUUAA